CUUAUCUUGUCAAAUAAUUUUGAGGUUAUAGAAGAUAAACAACGCGAUUCUUAUGUUUUAAUUUUGUACGAAUUCAAUAUUUUUAAUAAUUUUUUAUACAAGUUAAUGCAUUUAUGUGUGUAAUACACAGAAAAUUAAACUAUGUCGAAAGUAAAUAAACGGAAACAUGUAAUGAACGAGACUCUAUGGGACGACUAUGAGUUGCCCAAAGAAAAUCAGAGUAUUGUAAAAGUUUUAAGAAGUAGAGGAAAUAACUUACACGAGAUUACUACACCAAGUGGCGAAGAAUAUCUAGUAUCUAUGCCCACAAAAUUUAGGAAGAAUAUUUGGGUGAAACGAGGAGAUUACAUCCUCGUUGAACCAAUUGCAGAAGGAGACAAAGUGAAAGCGGAAAUCGUCAAAAUAAUGAACAAGGAUUCUAUAAAAUAUUAUAAAGAAAAUAAAGUUUGGCCUAAGGAGUUUGACGAUGUUAAAAAAGAUGAUAAUACUAAUAAUGGUGAUGGUGAUAGUGAUGAUGAUUUGUUUGUGAACACUAAUAGAGUUCAAAUGCAAACUUAUGAUAGUGAUAGUGACACGAGUGAGAGUGACGAUAGUGAUAAUAGUGAUAAAAAAUAAAAUGUACUAUUAAUUUA